AUGGACAACCAACUGGCCGCUUCGGCCGAAGCUAAGACCAUCCAGGUCGAGGCCGGGGAGGACUUCGAGGCGGUCUGCCUGAAGGUGGUAGAGCCCGGAGACAAAUGCAACCUCGCGAAGGGCGACUACUACCACGACGGGAUCACCGCCGUCCACGGGACGGAGGACGCGCCCAUCACCAUCACCGGGCACUCGGAGGCUUGCAUCAAGGGCUCCAACACCCAGGACCGCGUGCUGCAGAUCGCCCACGACUACUACAUCGUGGAUGGCCUCUGCUUCGACGGCGAACACGAUGGCGAUAACGUGGCCACCGCCAUCUACGUCCUCGGCGCCGACGAGAAGAGCACGAAGAACGGCGUGACUUCCUCCGUGACCGGCCUCAAGCUGCUCGACCUCGAGAUCAGGAACUUCGGCAGCGAAUGCAUACACUUCCGGUACUUCGUGACGCACUCCGAGGUCACCGGCUGCACCAUCCAGGCGCCGGAAGUGAAGAUCAGGACCGGAUCUGCGGACAACGUGGACGCCGACGAGUGUAACUACAACUGGAUCCACCACAACACCUUCCGCACUUACGGCAACGAGUGCGUGGACGUGAAGGAGGGCAGCGCGUAUAACCUCAUCGAGCACAACGUGUGCGAGCAGCAGCAGGACGCCAACUCGGGAUGCAUCGGCUUCCGCGGGUCGGACAACACGGCUCGCUUCAACGACAUCGCCGAGUGCACGGGAGCCGGUAUCCGCGUGGGCGGCGACAACGGCUUCGGCGAGGGCAACAACAUGUACGGCAACGGCAUCCAAAACUGCGGCAACGGCGCGUUCAGCGUCAUGUCCCCCAACCAGGGUGUGGUGUGCGAGAACGUGAUCUCGGGCGUGGACGCCAUCUCGUACGGCUCAGACGACCAGGACCAGGCUCAGUUCACGGAGGCGGUCGCCACCGGCGACUGCUCGAGCUACCCGGGCGACAUCGAUGGCGUCAGCUCCGCCCCCGACAGCGCCGACAGCGCUGACAGCGACGACAGUGGGAACGCCCUCGCCCCGGAUGACGAUAUCGAGGCCGGGGUCAACUUCGCGGACGACGCCAAGGACAGCGAGCCGGAGAUCGAGGUGAUCGCAACGAACGAGGCGGCGGGCUCGAGCGGGCUCGGCGACUGCGCGUCCGUGGCCGCGGUCGGGAAGACCAGCGUGCAGCACCCGGACUACGCCGACGAGAGCACCUCGGUGGAGAACUUGUUCGACGGUAACGUGGACUCGUACUACUCGGUCCACCGCGAGAGCACGUACAUCAUCCUGGAGCUCGAGGACGAGGUGGAGGUGAACGGCGUGGCGAUCGGCUUCUUCAUGAAAGCGGCCGAGGAGGAGCGCAUCCAGACUUUCGACGUGGCCGUGCGGUCGGCGAACGACGAAGACUGGACGACGGUCAUCUCCCGCAAGGAGUCGUCGGGCGAGAUGACGAUCCAGACCUUCCCCUUCUCCUCCCGCACCGCCCUUUACGUGCGCUUCGAGACCCACGGCAACUCGUUCAACAACUGGUCCGCCUUCACUGAGCUUGAGGUGUGCGUCGAGGCGGCGGAGGAGUCGAACGCCCUGUUUGGUGGCCUCCAGGCGCUGGACAGUGAGCUCGAGGCGCUCGCCGGCGGCGUCUGCGACGCCCCCGUCAAGCUCGCCCCCGUGAACGUCCACGCCAGCGGCGAGGACAACGUGAAGGUGGUGUUCGACGGCAACUUCGACACGCGGUGGUCGACAACCAACACCCAGAACGCGUCGGACCUGUCGAAUGACAAAGUGAUAUUCACCUUCGGCGGCGACAUGAGGGUCUCCACCGUGCAGAUCAGCUUCUACGACGGGGACCUGGCGCACCAGUACUUCUCCAUCUACACGCAGCGCGCCAGCGACCGCAGCUGGACGCCGGUGCUGCUCAAGGAGCAGGCGGCCAUGAAUGUCGCGCUCCAGACCUUCACCCUGGAGGUGGAUGGCGUCCACAAGCUGUACGUCGUCGGCAACGGCAACGACGUCGGGGCUUACUCCAAGUUCUCAGAGAUCGCGGUGUACGGCUGCUAAAAGCCGGCACGAGAGAAGACCUGAU